CAGACAUUUGCUCAGUUCCUUUUGCUCGAUUGUCGCGUGUAGCUUUGACAUGUGGACAUAUGAAAAGUGUAGCGGAAAAAAUAAUAAUUGUUUGCGGAGAAAUAAAAAAUAGAAAUAAAAAAAAAAGAAAGCAAAAAAAAACGUUAAAAAAGUAAAUUAAUCAAGAAAUACAAAUUACGGUAGUAAGUGCGCAAUUAAAUUGUAGAAAAACCGGCUAAUUUGUUGUCUGCACUAAUUGCCACCAUCCAAACAUAUUGCAAGUCAUAGAAAAAGUAAGAAAAAAUAAGAAAAAAAUGGAAAAAAUGAGUGGCCGUGACGACUUCUUCUCCAAAGAGGCUUCACUCAUCAACCGUUCGAAGCGAGAGCUAGCAGAUGGACGCGACAAAGAUCCAAUCUACAAAUUACGAUUGCUGUGCUUCAGUCGCGGCGCAACCGGCAUACUCGGAUUAGCAAGGACAUUCCGCAAUAUGGACGAUGAUGGCAGCAAAGCAUUGAAUUACGAAGAAUUCAGUAAGGGAAUAAAAGAGACUGGCUUGGAAUGCACAGAGAAUGAAAUAAAGGAUAUGUUUGAUAAUUUCGACGAGGAUAACAGCGGUUCAAUAAAUAUGACCGAAUUUUUGCUGAAAUUGCGACCCCCCAUGCCACAGUCUCGUCUGGAUAUCAUCGAUAAAGCAUUCAAGAAAAUCGAUCGCACCGGUGAUGGCGAAAUCACCAUUGAAGACCUUAAGACAGUCUACUCUGUGAAGGAUCAUCCCAAAUAUCUUAGCGGGGAGAUGUCCGAAAAUGAGAUACUAACACAAUUCCUGAACAACUUCGAGGGUGGACGCGGCAAUUGUGAUGGAAAGGUAACAAAGGAGGAAUUCGUUAAUUAUUAUGCCACAAUCAGCGCUUCAAUCGACAAUGAUGCCUACUUUGAUUUGGUGAUGCGACGCGCUUAUAAACUUUAAACUUAAAAUACAAUAAAAGCCACGAUGUUCACAAGCAGGAGCUGCCAUGAAAUUACAAAACAAGAAAGCACAACAAAAGGCGCAAGAACGAAAGGAAGAAAUUUAAUGAAAGCAGCCGGCAUUUUUUUUGUUACUCGCAAGCAACUAAUAUAAAAAAAUUAUUAAAUGAACAAACUAAAUAAAGAAAUGAACGAAGAAUUGAGUUCUGAUAAAAAAAAACUAAAUAUUUGUUAGCUGAAAUAUUUAAAAAAUUUAUUGGCAAUUCUUUAAGACAAAUAACAAAAUUUUAGCUAGGCAAAAGCGAUAUUAACAGAGACAAAAACCAAAUCAAAAAAAAAAAAAAAUACAUUAAUUUACUUACCUACAUUUAAUAACUAAACACUUAUAAGUAUUUUCUAUUGUACUUAUCUUUUGUUGCAAAAUAUUUACGAGAUCUUAACGUACAAUUUUUCAAUGUGCAAUACUGCUUUCGAAAACUAAUAAUGAAAUAAAAAAAAUCGAAUGUUGAAAUUACUCAACUUU